GGGAAGAUCGCGAGGACAAGCCAAAAUUGCUUACUGUAUUCAUUCUGCUUCAAAAAAAAUCCCACCCGCGGCCCCCUCACCGAAAGCGGAGCGACGGAAGCGGCCGCUUGUUGCGCUGUGUGCGGAGCUUUGAGGCUGUCGACGGCUCGGAGCGCAAGAGCCGAAAACCGUCGAGCUCAGUGAGGCAGCCGCGGACGGCGGAGAGGAACGGCUGGACACGCUCGGUCUCCACCACAGUCGUGCCUGCGCGUCGUUCACUUGCCAUCUGGACGAGCGGCAUAUCGCUUUGUAAUAAAGAAGAUACUGACUGGCACAGUUACCACCCGAGGCAUGUUUUGCUAAAGAAACACCUAUGCAGGUUGAAUCUACACUAAUGAAUGUAGGGGAUGGAGGCCCGGUGAGCAGAGAGAUCAGUGCUCUGACUAAAACAUCCACUACUAUGGUUGGAAAUCCUCCCCAGACGCUACCCCCCGAGUUUAGAGGAGAUGUGAACCUCAGUCAGCAAAAAAAGACCACUCCAACUAAAGACUGUAAGGCCUUGAAAGCCUGCCUGGACACUAGCAUCUCCAACCACGGUCCUGAAAAUUCUCUGCCUCUACAGCCAAAUAAUGCACCAAUGUCCAGCUCAGUCCUCGGCACUUCAGAGAAGAGAGCAGACAAAAGGACAGAAACCCCUAAAGUCAGGGCUGAUGGGUCGGGGGUCUUCCCCACUUCUCAGUGGUCAAGCAGUGUAAAAUCCGGUCGGGAGGACUCUCUAAACCCAUGUAACAGCAAUGUGAAUUCUAGUAAGAAAUUGCAUCUACAGACACAGUCUCCGCAAAGUCUUGCUCCAGGGUUUCAGUGCUCUGCCAUGUUCAAGCCAGCCCAGCCUGUUGCCUUUCUUCCCUCCACUAAUUUCUCCCCUCAGCUAUGUAAAAUUACUCUUCCACCAGCAUUAAGUCAAAUCACGACUUUGAGAGAUGCCACAAGCAGUCAGUUCCAGAAAGAAAUCCAGCCUCAGGGCUCAGGUGUUGGAGGGACAUCUCUCAUGCGAACGUAUCCCUAUCCAUUGUCUGUCGGUCGGACUGCAGACAAAAAAGCAGCUGGAUCAAACCUAAAGCUCAAACCCAACCACUCUUCAAGCAAAACUACCAAAUCUCAAGGAGAGCAUAAAUCUUUAGCUUCUGUGGUAGCCGCACCAGCUAUUGCAUUGCCAUUGCAGCAUCCGUCAUUAACUUCAGCAGCGCCCACUCACUACACCUUGUCUCCGACAGCUGCCAUUUGCUGCGGUUCAACACUGGCCAGCAUCACCUCCCAAAGCAGGCUCCUGAACCACUUAGAAAAAACGAACAGCAUAGACAAGACAGUAAUGGCUGCUGUUAACACCAUACCGCCCACUGCUGCAGAGGACCACACAGCUUGCUCCGGUGAACAAAGAGAUGUACCCCUAGAUUUGUCAGCUAAAUCAAAACGUCUGAAAUGCAUAUCUGAUGCAACAGUUGAGCCUCAAGAGUCCAAUCAGAGAGAUUUUCUGAAUGCAAAGAGGACUCAUUCCACAGCUUAUUGCUCAAAUACACAAUACCCAGUGUUACCAAAUUCUCACAGAAACGGAUCCCAUCAAAAGCAGUUGAAUAGGACUCAGAAUCACCAGAUUACAGAACCCAAAGCAACAUGGGCAAAGGGAUCUUCACAAGACUCCAUUAAAAGUAUCCCUGGUACAUAUGUUGGUGUUGCUAGCCCCAUACUGGCUUCUACUUUAAGAGGCAAAGAUGGAAAGGGGACAUUUGCAGAUGAAUUUCAGAGCUUUGCUAAACAGGAGUUUAUAUCUAUAAUUGACCAAGGAGAACAUCUGGCAACGGGAGGGAAGAAGCCAUCCUGUCUGGUGAAGGGAAGCCAACAUGCUCACAGUGGGAAGCAUGUUAAAAAUACCAAUACGGCCUUAGCCAAGAACUGUCCCCCUAAAGGUGCUCUUUCAACAGCCCUGUUAAGCUCACCCAGUGCUGAAAGUCAAAAGAAAUGUGGACCUAACAAGGCAUCAGUGCCCCUCUCUGCUGCUGCUGUCAUUCCAGCCUGGCAGCCGGCAACCCAACUUCCUCAGCAAUCCAGUCCAGUUCAAAGAAAAAACCCUCAAGGAUCUUCAAAGACCAAAGGCACCACCGUCACAGAGGGGUCCAAGCUUCAGAGCCCACCUAAACCUGAGGAUAAUAAGUGGGAGAGAUUGAAGUCCCCUUUGUCCAACCUCGCUUCUAUUGUAAAGCAGCAAGGCCUGGAAACAACAGCACUCACGAAUGAGGUAAAUACCCAAGCUUCCCCUGGUGUAUCGAGAAACUCGGAUGUCCUCAGUCCACUCAAUGAGAGCAAGGAUCCCCAGUCUAAGCAUACUACCUUUGAAUACCCACCUUACUGGUCUGUGGAAAAAUGGCCAUCUCAAGGAGAAUUCACUCAAAUUACAAAAAAGCAUGAGGCGCUGAAUGCUACUGAACUGUCAGAAAAUAAUACCGCUGUUCACAGUAAUAAAGGAGAGCGUGUUGGCCUGCAAGCAAAACAAGGCUUCUCCAAGUCUACUGGUCAGGCUCCUGUCUUUGGCAGCAAUGCAUCAACUAAUGGGAGCAGGAUGGAGAGCAAACUUGCCCAGGUGUUGGAAGGGGAGAUAUCAAGGAGAGAAAGUGGGACAUCAAACGGCACCGCUGGUGAAAAAUUAGACGGAAUGGUUGCAUCCAUUCUUACUGGCCAGUGCAGAGGGGGGAAGGACACAACGGAGAAAACAGCAAAUGGUACCAAAGAAGAGAAGCCAACCAAAGCAAAAGCAGCUACUAUCAAACAAAAGAAGAGCAGUCCUAAGAAACCAGCGAAGGAGAAGCCACUAGCAGACCCUUCAAAGAAGGCUGCAGGGAAGAAAAAGCAAGACAAGGAGAAAACACCAGUCAAGGCCUCUGUGAAAAAAAAGAAGAAGCAAUCUGCACCUGCACUGGAGCAGAAUCUGUCAGCAGGAGAACUUUCCCCACAGAAUGAAAAGCCAAAUCCAAAGGACAAGAUCAGUUUCAAUGAUGCUGAACAAGCCACACGCAAAAAAACAGUUACAGAUAAAAGUCCCCCCAGCUUAGACACUUCAAUUUCUCCCAUUAAUUCUGUAACCAACAAAGAAGGAGAUGCUACAGAGUCCUCCGUCCCAAGACUAAGGAGAGGACAGAGACGGGCUGAUGAUGCCCGACUUGACCUCUGGGGCUUUGCCACGCCUUCCCCUCCCCCUCCCCCCAUGCCGCCCAAAGAUGUGUCCCCAUCGCCGCCUUCAACACCCAGCCAGCCGGCACGCCGCCCACGAGGAAGGCCUCGAUCAAACACGUUUCCUGAGCGCACAGUUGAGGGGAAGGGUAAAAGAGCCAGCACUGAGGCUGACACGCCCCGCCAUAAGAAACGCAGACGAUGUUCCAGUAAGAAGUACGAGACUGGUGAAUACAUCACAGAGAAAGACAAGCUGGGAGAGGGAGAGCACCUGGAAGAGUCCGCGGGACAGGACACUGCAACUCCAGCAGAUCCACAGAGAGAUCGGUGUCCGAGCCCAGUUGCCUCCAGCCCAGAGCCCCCUCCCCCACCCAAACCCUCAUACACUCGCUCAGGAUCAGUUCGCUACCAGGAGAGCGAGGAGUCGGAGCGCAACAACAAGCCCUCGGGAAAAAGAAAGUUCAAAAGCAAACACUUAAGUGACAGCGAUGAACCCAAGAGUAAGACCAAGCGCAGCAGCUCUGGUAAGCGCGGCACCUCCCUCCCGCUGGAAGAUGAUAGUGCUGGUGUAAAAUCACAACUCAUACCUCCACCAACUCCAAAAAGUUUGCCAACCUCUCCGACCAACAAGAAAAGCUCCUCAGGAAGGAGCAGCGGUUCAGACUCGUCUCCUAAAAGGCCCGUUCCCCCUGAGGUUCGCCGGCUGAUAGUCAAUAAAAAUGCAGGAGAAACUUUGCUCCAGCGCGCCGCCCGCCUAGGCUACCAGGAUGUGGUCCAGUAUUGUCUGGACAAGGACAUCAGAGAAGUUAAUCGACGUGAUAAUGCAGGUUACACCGCUCUUCAUGAGGCGUCUUCACGAGGCUGGACUCAGAUCGUCCAGAUCCUUCUCAAACACGGUGCGGAUGUCAACUGCAGUGCUCAGGAUGGAACACGGCCACUUCAUGAUGCAGUAGCAAGUGACAACUUGCCAAUAGUAUGGCUUCUCCUGAACCACGGUGCAGAUCCCACUCUGGCAACUUAUUCUGGCCACACGCCGGUCAAACUGGCCCACAGUCAGAGCAUGAAGACCUUCCUCACUGAAUAUUUCUCUGACCUGGAAGGCCGCAAAGAAAAGGAUCCUAGUUUACCCUGGGACUUCUACAGCAGCUCCCUGUUUGAAACCGACCAGGAGCCAUGCUGGGACUUCCUGCUAUCUGAGGAGAACCAGGAGCCAGAGGAGAAUGGAGACGUGAAGCCUGAGAGAGACUCAGACAAAGAUUGUCUUCUGUUUGAGUUCUCCUCAGAGCCACUAUUACCCUGCUAUCAUGUUCAGGUUUCACUGACACAGGGCUUCUGUAACUGGUUCCUCCUGGCAGACGUCCUGAAGCGGCUUAAGAUGUCGGCGCGGAUCUUCCGGGCUCGUUACCCGCACUUUGAGGUGGUGAGCCUGUCUCAUGCUGAGCUCUGGAAGCAGGUCUCCAUCAGCCAGGUUAGCUCUGCUUUAGCUUCUCCUCAAAGAAGCAAAAUGAGGGACAAAGACAAGGAGGAUGAGGAAGAAGGACCUGUGGAACUGGUGUGUUGUGUACCAGAGCUCCAGAGACUGCUGGGCUCAUCUGUUCACAUUUUACAAGAGGAGGAUGAAGAGGAGGAAGAAGAGACGGUGACACCAACAGGGAAGUCUAGGAGCCGAUAGCCUCUCCUCUGUUUCUCCCCGUCCUCUCCUUGAAACAGCAGGAAGUUUCUCCGUCCGAAGGGAUUAACUCCAGCUACAGCAAAGUCCUGACUCCCGACCUUUGACCUCAGACAUGGGAGUGGUCAAUGCAAGAAAGCAGCUUUCAGGUUCUUAUCUAUAGGUAUAUUUGAAUACAGAAAAAGACUUUUUUACUGACAAUGUGUGUAAAUGGUUGUGUAAAUGUAUAUCUUGCCAUCAGGGUGAACAUAUUUGGUUAUAUAAAUGAGUUGUUGAGGCAAGAAGAUGAUGAUUUUUGGACUUUUAGUUAGAGAUUGUUCCCGAGGGACGCAGCAGUUUUCACCAGGAGAUAAUCCAAGGCAUCUGGGUGGACUCUGGGGUGAAGCUGAGAUGCAUAACCCACCAAGGCGGUCAGCCCAGGUGGCCUCCCAGCCAACCUUAGAGAUCUGGAGACCUGCAGAGAUCGAUAUGGCACAUAUUCACCCUCCCAGCUCAGACACAUCACAUGGUCCGCUGUUUCACUUCAUCAUGAAAAGACCCUGAAGUAUCAAAUAUGUCUGUCUCUCCACAUUUCACUUACAAAGCCCUCUCUUUUGCAAUGAAGUGAUUUCAUGGACUUCGCCGCUGAGUUUGUUUACAGAACCAGGCAGAUGUUGAUCAUGAACUGUUACUGAACCUGUGGAGGAACGAGAGCCCAGAGACGCCCUCCUGACUGCAGCCACCACCGUCCCCUACAGUGUUCCCAGAGUGCUUUGUGUUGCAGUGUUUGAUUCACACUGUUUGUUGUGCUUUAUUUAAUAGUCAUUAAUAUAUUUGACCUCUUGUAUAUCUGAAAACCCUAUGUAUGAGAAAAAUGCUUUCUAUGGUUGGUGCUUCAUUCUGAAACGUACUCACUAAGGAUCCCUUUAUUCUGAGAUUAUCCUCCCUCCUUCAGAACCAGUGUUUCAAAAACAGCUAAAGUACAGUUUUAUUGUACUGGUGCUAAGAUAGAUUUUUGUGUUGACAAUCAACAAAGUUUUGCUUUGAAGUCACAAACUGAUAAAAGGUAUUUAAGGUGUAAAGAAAAGUUAAGUUUAGCAGAGGGGAAACGGGACACGGCUAGACUGAGAGGUGUGAGAUCCUGAAAGAGGCUUUUAUUUGAUUCUUUUAUAAGAAAUCAAGCAGAAUAAAGCAUGAUUGUGAAUCAUAGUUGUUAUCUCUGUUUGUCAGAUUCUUAGUGUUGGGUUAUUUACAGGUUGAUGCUGUAAAUCCAGUUCUAACAAAUCAAUCUGGAUGCUGCGUUUUGAAAGUCAGAAAAGAUGACUCGUAUUAACUUGUAUUAUUUUCUCCAUUCUGUAAAGUUGCUUUAGCUAAAACAGAGAACACGUUUUUAGUAAGUGCUUCUGUCAGCUCAGUCAACAAGUUAAAUAAUCUGCUAUAACCCAGCCCCUGAUCCACACUGUUCCUCAUAUCAAGCCAAAUCUGCAAACCUUUCCUCUCUCACAGCAACACUUGCUGCUUCCUCUUCUGCAAACCAGGUUUUGUUUUUUGUCUUUAAAACAACAUGAACCUGUUUUAAAAUCGUCCAGUAGGAAAUGUUAUUAACAGAGGAACACUGUUGCCGUGGGUGAGGAGACAUCCGUCCUCUUCUGAUAUCUGUAGACCUUGCUUUGGUGUUACUACAUAUUAUUUCCUCAUACAUUAGACUACUUUUUUCCCCCCUCUGCUUCCCCUUUUAUCUCCGAGUGUCACAAUAAUUACUAUGGCUUAAUAGUUGAAAUGAACUAAUCAAAGAAAUGUUUCCUGUUAUCUGUCCUCUUAUGUUCACUAGCUGUACUAGCUUCAUAAGCCUUUAUCACUUUGACCAUGACACAUUAAUCUUCGACACAAGUCUCCUGAAUU